GAUCUACGCGGGGAGCUGAUCUAAGGACACUUGCCAGGACAUCGUUAUAGGAAGCGGGCCUGCUAUCCAAUUUCAACGAUCUGAGAUUAUCGGUUGGAAUAAUAGCAUUAUUUUGGCCUCCCUGCUCAGUGCUGCUCAAUGCACUCUGCCAUUAAACCUUCAUUAUUCUUGCCUAUUAUACUAUGAAGUUGGAAGCAUUUCUCAUAAAUCAGAGUGAAAACUGACAAUAUUGGUUUACGUUGUUCUCUCAUAAGCUAUGAUCCACUGAGUUGUUUUCAAGUUUUACACCGAUCAUCGAAUAGUAAUGAGUGAAUGGGUAAAAUGACUAACUGGAACAAUUUUCGAGCGUUUUUACCGGUGUUGUUGACUUCGAUUUUUAUCGUCUGCUUGGUCGAAUUGUCAGAUGGACAAUGGGACUGUUUUAAUCGACGGACCUGGUCUUACAACGGAACUAGGGACUGGUCCUGUAUUCUCACAGGCCACAAACUAGAUUGUACUGCUUGUGAAAACUGGACCUCCGUGAUCGGCAACUGGGAUAAUGCACAGGAGCUGAUUGAUACAUACGAUUUGAAGGAGAACCAUUGUAGAGUAGCAGGAAACUGGACUGGACCAUGGUGUUACGUAAUAAAUUUGAAUGGAGAGGUAACCCCUGGCUUUUGUCAGAUACAACCAUGUACAGCUCACGCUGGCUGCAUUAAUACAACUGGAGACACUGAUUACUACGGCUAUGGAAAACACACUGAGUCGGGUUAUGUGUGUAUUGAUUGGGAUAACGCAACAGAUACAGAACUCUAUCCUCACGCAGGUUUGGAUGAGAACUUUUGCCGCGACCCAGACGGACGCGAUAGACCAUGGUGCUACUACCAGAGUCCAGGGAGCAGCGAAAUCCUGUCAGAUUUCUGUCAAAUAGAUGAAUGUACAUCAGACGCUCUUUCACACUUCGAACAGACGAUCUUGACCCGUUUCAUAUCUUAUGACGAUCGUGUUAUCGAAGACGCAAAUAUGACGUCAGAGGAGUGCGCCCUCGCGUGUCUAAAUGAGGAAUCAUUCCCAUGCCUGUCUUUUAAGUUUCGUGACGUGUAUACGUACAACGACAGGAAGUGUACUUUGUCGUCUGCCAGCAUAUACACGCUAGACCUAGCCAGGACCUUGCCCAACCCUGAACUCUUCUCGAAUGAUAAUGACAUCUUCACCCGAAUAGAUAAAAUCUGUGAUGCUUUUAUAGCUGAUUAUACCCAGAUGAAUGCAGAUUGCCCGUUGCCAUUAGAUACUUUGGUGCACAAUGGAAGACUUAAUAGGAGCUUCUCUGCAUCCAGUCACUUGGACGGUCAUGGACCAGACCAAUCCGGUCUGGAAACCAGUAAUUCAUGGAUCCCAGCAAACGACAGCGAAGGAGAAUGGUGGCAGGUGUGUUACAGCGAGCGCGUCAUCAUGACCGGGAUCGUUACCCGUGGCGACAAGGAGAUGAUAGAUGGAAAGGGAUGUUGGGUUAAUUCAACGACAGUGGAGUACAGCUUAGAUGGAUCAUAUUGGUGGAAUCUUGUCAAUUAUGAUAUUAACCCCUAUCAACCUAUUGAAUUCUCUGCUAACGCAGAAGCAUCGUGUAACAGGACGGUCUUUCUUGAGACACCGCUACGAGCUAAAUGCCUCCGAAUAAUACCCCAGACCUGGCGAAAUAAGAUAUGCCUUUCUGUUGGGAUCAUCGGCUGCCUGGAUAAUGACUGUGAUGAAGUAUUGGGACUUAGCCUCGAUGGUAUCCAUGACAACCAGAUAGCGGCAUCAUCCUGGAACGGUGAUGCCUUCCAUUCACCAUCAUCAGCCAGGGUAGGCUACAUUAAAGAGGUUGGAUAUGGAUGGAUCCCAUCUCAGUCUUCACCCAAUGAAUGGAUCCAGAUCUCCUUCGACUCUGAGAGACGAGUACAAGGCGUGGUCACUCAGGGAUGUCUUGAUGUUGAAGCAUGGGUAGAAUCCUACACGAUCUCUCAUGGUCUAGAUGACACUCCAUAUCGCAAUGAAGAAGGAAUAGUGGUGUUUGAGGGCAACAGCAACAUGACAACUCUUGUACGUAAUGACUUCGAUCCAUCGUUUGUGGCACUUCUUUUAAGAGUUCAUCCGGUCACGUGGUUUCGUCAGAUAUGCCUCCGUCUGGAAUUUCAUGGAUGCCAAAACAGAGUUUGUAACAACAGACUUGGAAUGGAGUCGGGUGGAAUACCCAACGAAGCCAUUACAGCUAGCACAUUCUAUUUUGCUUCACCAGGACACAACGGCCGUCUACAUAUUGAAGAAAGUGCACUUUCUCCACCAGAAUGGCGUCCAUUUUGGGGUGCAAGGGGCUUCCUUGCCAGGAAUGAGUGGCUACAGAUUGACUUAUCAGAUCUCCACACUAUUACCGGCAUCAUAACCCAAGGAGCUGGUGGGAAGCCUCAAUUGAGUUGGGUCACCUCAUACCGACUAGCCUACUGGAGCAAGCAUAGUGUAAAUGGGUCAGAGACAUGGAUUUUCUACAAAGAUAUUGAGGGAAACGAAAAGAUCCUACCUGGAAACAGUGAUCAGAAUACUGAAGUGAGGAAUACCCUUGAUCGACCAAUCAUCACUCAACGGGUCCGCAUUAUGCCUUACGAAUGGCACAGUGCAAAGAUAAGAAUGCGAGUUGAGAUCAUUGGCUGUCCAUUGAUAGGUACUGGUAGAGUAUGUCCUUCAGAGAAGGGGUUGAUCUACAAUGGAAAAUGUUAUGGGUCUGUCAGCAGCAAUGCCAAAGAUGCAUGUAGCGAUAUCUUCGCAGAGGACAGCCAGCGAGCUAUGAUCAAGUCAUCAGACAUCCAGGAAAUUCUAUCAGAUCGACUUACUGACUUAAUAUUCAAGAGUAAGACGCAGUUGACAAUAGGGGCAUCAAAAGUUGGCAACGAAGAUUGGAUGUGGGAUGAUGACACUCCUGUCAUCUACGAACAGUUCCUCUUUGACCUGCCUGCCAGUACUAUGGAAUACUGUGCGGCGCUGGAUGGUCUUGCCAGGUUUCAGUGGACACAGUAUGAAUGCCAGAGCGUUAUAUUGCGUGGAUCCUUGUGUGAAAUAGAUAUUGAUGAGUGUCUUAGUAGUGAUAAUGGCUGCUCACAUGAAUGUGUCAACUAUGACGGGGGAUAUCACUGCACAUGCCCAGAUGGGUUCCGUGUAGACUCGUCUCGCCGAGAAUGUGUGGACAUAUGUGAGUAUGAUGUCAUGGAGCCAACAAACAGUACUGUAAUCAACAAUGGAUCAUCAUGCUUCUUCAUCAUGGAUUCCGAAACUGUCACAUGGUCAGAAGCUAUCAAACGAUGCAGAGCAUUUCAGAGUCAUUUACCUACUGCAAAUGAACUGAGAUUUAUUCAGGCAAUGGAUGUGGCAAAUCUAAGUGAUAUUUGGAUAAAAGACGAUUCCUCAGCAGUCGAUGAUCUCUGCCCAUUGGUUACAUGGAUGGGAUCUGAGAUGGCAACAGAGAAGUCCAACUGUAAUGAUACCAGAAUAUUCAUCUGCGAAAAAGCAUAUGCUGAUCUUCAUUGCGAUGAUGUCUGGUCUAAUGAUAUCACAUCACACGAAACAUCUGCUCCAAUGGGUCAUCUACAGGCUCAUAGCUAUCCUCCACUCUACAACCAACAUUCAACAUGUCACUUUAUGAUCAGGGGACAAGAGAAAAUGAAUGUCAGGCUGACCAUCAUCGACAUGACGUUGCGUCAAGAUCAUAAUUCUAAAUGCCUAGACGUCCUUGGUGUUUAUGACAUAAUUGGUCAGACAAACCAAUCACGUGGCCAGUACUGUGGCAACCUCCAUGACAUUGAAGUUAUUAGCCAUUCGAACGUCAUCUUCAUUGGAAUAACCAUGUGGUCGUUGACUGCCAGCAUGCCAAAUGAACUAGGCUUUGAAGCCUGGUACGACAUGGUCGAUUGUACUGUGAUAGACUGCAAUGCUGUAUGCGGUGGAACAGUCAGCUUUCACGGACCAUCAGGAUCAGUCAAGACCAAAGACUUCCCAUCCAUCAUACCACCAUUCACCAACUGUGAAUACAACAUUAGCGUUCAAUCGGAUCGCUACAUCUCUCUACACUUCACCGACUUUGACAUCGUAAGAGGCACUACCAACUGUAUCGACCAUGUCUCCAUUCGCACAGCAACCAGUGUCCUAAAACCUGCUCUAUGUGGAAAUACAACUCUUCCCCUCAUCAUAUCUAACUCAUCUACGAUCAUCGUCACCUUGGUCACAGGGUUAGCUGGGAAAUCAAAAGGGUUUAAUCUUGACUACACCACAACAGAACUGGGAGGUUGCGGAUUUGGUCGGGAUACUUGCUCAGGCGUGGAAUACUGCAAUCUUCCUGCCGCUGUGUUUGUCUCUGUCAACUACCCGUUUCCUUACUCACCGAAUUCCCAAUGCCGAUGGAAUAUCAUCACCCCUGAAGGCUCUUUUGUGACAAUCACAUUUACACAUUUCGAUGUCACCUCCCAUGUCGAUGACCACGAGUGUUCUUCAACUGACUACCUGGUAGUCUAUGAUGGGGAUGAUGAUGCAGCAGCCCAGCCACCAAUCCUGGGGCGCUUCUGCAAUUCUAACCCUCCCACAAAUGAAGUUCGUAGCAGUCUGAAUGUAGUAGUCAUUGAGUUUAUCUCUGAUGAAAAGCUUGAAGGAAAUGGUUUCUAUGCUGAAUAUCGGGCUGAAUACACAGAGCUUGAUGUAGACACAGCUACAAACAUUUCAGAUUACACAUGCCCUGAAGAUUGGGAGCUGUUUGGAAAUAAAUGCUUCCAAUUCAUCUCUCUGAAUCAGACGAUAAGAUGGAAUGAUGCAUCAAAGAUAUGCAGAGAUAAAGGCGCCUACCUUGUCAGCAUAAAGACAGCCAAUGAUAUGAGUUUUAUCCAUUACAUGCUGACAUCAUCUUGGUUUACUGGCAACAACAUGGAGACAUAUAUUGGUCUGACAGACAACGCAGAGGAAGGUCGGUUUAGAUGGGAAGAUGGAGGCCCUCUAAGCUAUGCAGACUGGUAUAUAGCUGAUAGGUCUGAUGAAGAUUCUCAACCAAAUGGGCAUGAACAAGAAGAUUGUACAAUGAUCAAAUUAGAAGACCUACAAUCCUCGGCCAAUUGGCAUGAUAUAUCAUGUGCAUCGCGUGAAGCAAGUCAGUUCAUCUGUGACCAACCCGCCAAAGCCGAUGACCAUGUCACUCCCAAAAUUGGACAUCUAUCUUCCAAAGGUUGUCCAACGGGAAGCUUCCUGAUAGAUGACACUUGCAUAUCUCUGGCCUUGCCUGAUGAAAUCAGUGUGUUGCCAUGCCAGGCAAUACAAUCAUCCACCCCUUUACCUUUGCAACGUCUAAUCUAUGUUCUUGGUCUAUUAUGGCAGUCCAAAAUGACACCAAUUGGAACAAUCAUUGACAUACAAGGUACAUACAGAACUGAUAAUCAAACUUUGAGUCCAAAAGGUAUCUCAACUGAGCUGACAUGUCACAUGAUGGAAUACAAUGGACAUGAUUGGCUGCUAGUUGAGAGAGAUUGUGACCUUGUUUCUGAUGGCAGCUUAUGUUACUCUCUUGCAUCCAAUCUUGUAAAUAUCUGUGGAGAAAACAUGUUUGAAUGUAUGAAUGGAGAAUGCAUUCGGUCGAUUCAUGUUUGCGAUGGUCGUGAAGAAUGCCAGGAAGGGGAAGAUGAAAGGAACUGUGGAGGAGAGGAUGAAUCUUGUCCAGAAUCAAGUUUCAAGUGUGAUAUGGGUAGAUGUAUAUCAUCUUCUUUCUACUGUGACUUUGUGCUACACUGCCUAGACCGCUCAGAUGAGAAAAACUGUGUCCACCCACCAUGCAAGGCAAAUGAAUUUGAGUGUAACAAUGGACAGUGCAUAGAGGCAUCAAAGCAGUGUGAUAUUAUUCCAGACUGCGUGGACGGUAGUGAUGAAGAAUUAUGCCAGUUCUGUUCUGGUGACACAUUCCAGUGUUAUGAUGGUACAUGCAUCCCAGGUAGAUCAGUGUGUGAUGGGAGUCUAGACUGCCCUGGUCUUAAUACUGAAGACGAACAACUAUGCGAAUAUGAUAAUGAACUGGAUAUGCCUAGGUGCUUGAAUGGUGGGAUGCUCAACCAAAAAUGGCGAUGCCUCUAUGACUUUGAUGAAUAUGGACUACAACAAGGCUGUCGGGAUGUUACUCAUCUUCGUGACUGUGGUGAAAUUGAAUGCUCUGGAAAUAAUUUUAAGUGCACAAAUUCCUACUGUCUUCCACUACGGAGGCGAUGUGAUGGUGUUGCCGAUUGUCCAAGUAGUGAAGAUGAAUUUGGAUGUGAAACCUAUUCCUGUCCCGGCUUCCUUCGAUGUCAUGGAGAGAAGUAUUGCGUUACAGAUGAUCAGAUCUGCGAUGGCGUCAUAGACUGUACAGAUGCCGAUGAUGAGAUGUUCUGUGACAUUGUUUGUCCCACUGGAUGUACUUGUGAUGGUCUCAGUUUUAAUUGCCACUCAUUCGAGGUAUGGACAUCCGAGCUUGCUGCGAGUAUCCCCAUAACUGCUCGUCAAAUAGUAAUCAUUGAUGCAUACCACAGUCAGCGAGAAAGAAGAGAUACAGAAAUGCACUGGAACCAGACAACACUAGAAGAUACCUUACAUCUCAACCUGUCAUCCUACAUGUUACUACUUUCUCUGGAUUUGCCGGGUAAUGGAAUAGAGUAUAUUGUACCUGGAACUUUUUCUGGACAACAUAAUCUAAAGAAAUUGGGCCUUUCUAGGAAUUUCAUUCAGAUGCUGUAUGCUGAUACAUUUGCUGGAUUGGAUCAACUCACUGACCUGGACCUCUCAUCCAAUCCGCUCAUGAUUGUACAACCGGGUGCUUUCAACUCUCUCUCCAGUCUUCCCUUCUUACAUUUACAGAAUCUUGAGUUAGAAUCCCUUGGAGUAGGAACAUUCAAUGGACUCGAUUCACUUGAACUCAUAAAUUUAAAUGACAACAACAUAGCUCGAGUGGAGUCUGGUGCAUUUGACGGUCUGAAUAAUACCGAGACAUUAUUACUUGAACGGAACGACAUUGUUGACUUUGACAUGGAUAUUUUCAGAGGGCUGGACCAACUUCGACAUCUGUCAUCUGACCUGUUCCUAUUCUGCUGCAUUGUAUCUGGUCUUGAAACUUGCUACCCGCCUGAAGACCAGUUCUCAUCCUGCCAAGACCUGAUGCGAUCCGACGUGCUACGAACCUUCAUGUGGAUCCUUGGUUUCAGUGCCUUCAUCGGGAAUGUCUUUGUCAUCAUAGAACGGGGACGAGAUCGUAAGAAAUUCCGGGUCCAAGCUUUCUUGAUCUUCAACCUAGCCGUAUCCGAUUGUCUCAUGGGGGUGUACAUGCUGAUCAUUGCCAGCGCCGAUGCUCACUACAGGCAUGUCUACGUUUUCCAUGCAGAGAAAUGGAAAGCAAGUGGGAUGUGUAAACUGGCCGGGAUCUUAGCCAGUCUUUCCAGUGAGGUAUCGGUGCUGAUUCUCACUACCAUAACGAUAGAUCGUUUCCUCUGCAUCACAUUUCCCUUCUCGCAAAAGCACUUGGGACGGAAGUCGGCCCGCAUUACAGCAGCAGCGAUCUGAGUAGUAUGUCUCAUCUACAGCGUCAUCCCAGCUAUUCCAUUCCCUUACUUUGGUGACAGAUACUAUGGACGCUCUGGCGUAUGCCUUGCUCUGCCUCUGACCAAUGUCAAGCCUCCAGGCUGGAAAUAUGCAAUGAGCGCCAUCUUUAUCAACUUUAUAGCCAUGGCAGCCAUUAUUGUCUGCUACACUGUGAUCUACGUCAUUGCGAAGCGAUCGGCAUCUUCGUUGAGGACCAAUAAGACAAUGGAAGCCGAGAUUAAAUUAGCAGUCCGAACUGCGGUCAUCGUGGCCACCGACAUCUGCUGCUGGCUGCCCAUCGUCAUACUCGCCUUCGUGUCUCUCUCUGAAUCUUCUGUGAUCCCACCUUCGGUCUAUGCUUGGAUUGCCGUCUUUGUCCUACCAAUCAACUCCUCCAUCAACCCCUACCUCUAUACCAUCUCAACAAUUGAUGUCAAGAACAGGUUGGCGUCCUUCCGAACGACCACAAGCACCAUCACCAACAGCACUGUCAGCAGUCGUUACACACCGAAUCCAGGAGGACCCAAGAAAAAUGGUACCUCAAAGCUUUUACAAGGAAACUCACCCACAAACUCAACAAGAGAAGAAUCUACAAGAUCUUUAGAGAUGAGCAGAAGAAAGCAGGAUCAUUACAUUCUGUCAGAUGCCAUUAGUCUCAUCAGAGACAAAGAGCUUGAGAUUAAUGCAGAGGAUGUACAAGCCAUCAGUACACAAUUGUAUGCUACACUAGAUAAGAUCCACUCUUGUACAAUGACCCAUGGUUCGCUGACUGCUGAUCAUAUUGCCAUCGAGAAAAACAAGGAAAAUGGAUCAUGGACAGGUUUUGUUUUGUUUGGGUCUAUGGACCCGGCAAAUGAUGCGACAGACGACAAUCGGCAUAUGCAUCAAGAUUUUGAUCAACUUGGAAAUGUCAUCGCUGAGCUAAAGGAUGCAUUGGGCUCCUGAAAAACACCAUAGAUGGAUAAGAUGGUCCUUUCGACUUGUCAUACAUGAGACAUAUCAAUGUUUAUUUAGAUUUUAGUUUGUUUCAUGUAAUGCAUUUUAGCAUUGGAAUAUUUAUAUGUAUAUAUUGUACUAUAUUCUGUAAUGCCUUUCAUGCACUGUUUGUAUUGUUCUUGUUAUGAAAUGUGGAAAUAAAUGAAUGAAUCAAUCAAUCAAUAUGUACUGAGGAAUUAGAAGGAGCAAAUGGCAUGUAUUAUUUGUUUAAAUAUUUAGUGAGCCUUAUUCUUUUCAGCUUCAGCUUUUUGAUACAGUUGAGAAACAGUCAUCUUUUUCCUGAUAGUCAUAAAUGUUUCUAUUUAUUACAUGAGUAAUCAAGUGCCAUAAAAUGCUCGGGGUAAUUAUUCAAAUACCACUGCCUUCAAACAUUAAGGGCAAUACUUCAUUAUUAUAGAGUGCUUAAGACUUCUGAUAAGUAUGGAUCUAUUUGCAAUAUAAGAAAAAAAAAUUAAAUAUGUAUUUAAUAAAUAAAUAUAUUUUGUGAUCAGUAACUUGAAAAACUAUGGUAUUUGGAUAUAUUUCAGCAGAUUUGUUAUCUCUAAACUAGAUGUCGCCAUUUUAAAAAGAUUGUCGCUCUUAUGUGUAAUCCCUUUCUUUGAGGUUUUGUUUUCUAUAAAUCCUGUACUUUACUUGAUAUAGGCCUAUUUAAAAUGUUUUUAUGAUCACAAUAUAAUACCGUAUCAUUGAAUGUUGGAAAUUAAUGUUACAAUUAUGACUUGUUUUAAAUUAUAUAGACAGUGUAAAUAUUUUGAGAAUCAAAGUGUGUUACAUGUAUUCUCCCUGCAAGUAAAAUUGAAAUGCAGUCAAAUGUAAAGUAAUUACAUUUAAGAUUAAGCUACGUCUACGAACUUACCGUACCUCUAUAACUCCUUUUAAUCAAUAAUUUCUGUUAUUUAAUAUUUUGUUUGCUCCCCCCUUCACUUGUGCACCUUGAGCAUCUCUUACAAGAUAGAUAUGGCGUCAAAUAAAUUGCAAUUAAAGGCAACAAAUGAACUAUUGCUAGCAUGAAUUAGAAUAAAUCAGAAAUAAAAAAAAAUAGCUAUAUUACAUA